AUGGUAAUAGCGUUGUAUGCACAGUUAUUCAAAAAAGAAAAACAUUUUGUGAGCAGUUUCUAAAUGGAAAAUGGAAAAUGGAAAAUGUUGGAAUUUAAGAAGCUUUUUUACCCUCUCUCGUCUAUCAUUAACAAGACCAAGAAAGAAGAAUAACGCAGACUCAGGAAGAGAAAGAGAGAGAGAGAGAGAGAGAGAGAGAGAUUAGAGGAUUGUGAGUAGAUAAUGUGCGUGAUGCCAGACGCAAGAGCCAAGAGGCCUAUGGAGAUUGACGACUAUGACUGGGUCUUUGCUGCUCUGCAAUUGCAUCUACUGGGUUCCUCGUGAUCCGUGAUUUCAUAUCCAAAAACAUUAUUAGUUUUCAAGGAAUUACCAGCACCAUAAAACAGCUCAACCCACCCACUUCGAUUCGUUGCUCUGAAAAAAAAUCCCAUCUUUUUUUUCUUCUACAAUUACCCAUUACAUUAUUUCCCUUCCAAGGAUAUUUGCUAUCCUGCUUUCUCCUUCUGGGUGACUCAGUUUCUCUCUUGACUAUGUUAUGGUUUUGGCUCGGGCUUUGCUGCUGAAUUCUUGGCUGCCAACUUGGAUUUACAGGCUUCAAGGAACCUGAUAAGAGAAAAGCUAUAAAUUAUAAUCGUGAUAAUGAACAAGAGCAUAUACGAGAGUAGGUGGGCUAUUUUCAGGCUUUUUUGCAGACCUUCAAACAGAGAAUGAAGCAUGUAAAGGACAAAUCUGUACUGAGUAUAGUGAAGUUUCUUGAUCCGUCCAAGAAUAGAGUAUUUGGUCCAAUGGGGCAUGAUUUGUGACCAAAAUGGAUCCUCAAGCAUUUAUUCGGUUGUCAAUUGGUUCACUGGGAUUGAGAAUUCCAGGAACUGCUUUGAAUUCUACGAAAUCUGGAAUUCGUGCACUCUCUUCUCCAUGUUUAUGUGAAAUUCGUCUUCGAGGGUUCCCUGUGCAGACCACACCAGUCCCCUUAAUAUCCUCCCCUGAAGUCAUACCUGAUUCUCAUAGCAUUGUGUCAAGCUUUUAUCUUGAAGAAUCUGACUUAAAAGCAUUGUUGGCACCUGGAUGUUUCUAUAGCACUCAUGCAUGCCUGGAGGUUUCUGUUUUCAUGGGGAGGAAGGGCUCCAACUGUGGUGUCAGCAUCAAAAGACAGCAAAUUGGGACAUUUAAGCUGGAGGUUGGUCCUGAAUGGGGUGAAGGGAAGUCAGUAAUUCUUUUCAGUGGUUGGAUCGGUAUUGGCAAAAACAAGCAGGAGAGUGGAAAACCAGGUGCAGAGUUACACUUGAGAGUGAAACUGGAUCCUGAUCCAAGAUAUGUUUUCCAGUUUGAAGAUGUAACCAGAUUGAGUCCUCAAAUAGUUCAGCUUCAAGGCUCCAUCAAACAGCCUAUUUUCAGUUGCAAGUUUAGCCGAGACAGGGUAGCCAAGGUGGACCCUCUAAGUACUUAUUGGUCAGGUUCUGCUGACAAUGCUGAUAUUGAAACCGAGAGAAGAGAGAGAAAGGGAUGGAAGGUGAAGAUACAUGAUCUCUCUGGUUCAGCUGUUGCGGCAGCCUUCAUAACAACUCCAUUUGUGCCAUCGACAGGUUGUGAUUGGGUUGCAAAGUCCAACCCAGGAGCUUGGUUGAUUGUUCGUCCUGAUGGUUGCAGGCCAGAAAGCUGGCAGCCAUGGGGAAAGCUUGAGGCAUGGCGUGAACGUGGCAUCAGAGAUUCCGUCUGCUGCAGAUUUCGCCUUUUAUCUGAAGGUCAGGAGGGAGGGGAUUUUCUCAUGUCUGAGAUUCAUAUAAAUGCUGAAAAGGGUGGGGAGUUUUUUAUAGACACUGAUAGGCAGAUGCAGGCCAUAGCAACAAGUCCAAUACCAAGCCCCCAAAGCAGUGGAGACUUUGCAGCGUUGGGACCAAUUAUAGGAGGUUUUGUCAUGAGCUGUAGGGUGCAAGGGGAGGGGAAGAGCAGCAAGCCAUUGGUACAACUAGCCAUGCGGCACGUGACUUGUGUUGAGGAUGCUGCCAUCUUUAUGGCUCUUGCAGCAGCUGUUGAUCUCAGCAUCGAGGCAUGUAGGCCAUUCCGUCGGAAGAUUAAAAGAGGUUCUUGUCAUUCUUAAUGGAAAAAAGAAUAUAGGAGGUUAUCAAUUUCUAUGAACACAUGAUAGCUGUAUUUUUCUUGCAAUUGCUGUGACAUAUCUGACAGUGUACAUCAACUUUUUUCUUCAAAAUAUUUUCAACUUA